AUGGCCUCUGCCUGCCUCAGGGCUCCAACCACGCCCUCUCAAUCCGCAACAGCACCCCAGAUAUCUCGGUCCCGGGGCCCUCCCCCGCAAAGACCGCCGCGUCCAAAUGAAAUGCCCUCGCAGAUGCCAUCUCAAAUUCCAUCGCCGUCUAUCUAUUCUGUUAGGAGUGGCAUGGAUUCCGAGACUUGUUCCAAUUAUCCAUUCCCAACACGGCCAGCUCGAUCUUUCUCCCAACCCAAAGCUUAUCAGAAUCAUCCGCCGCGCCCUUAUACAGCCGACGAUGGCUCAUGCCCCAGCCCCACAAGCACAGUGGAUAUGACACCGCGCAUUUCAAUCUCUACUGAAGAUCUGUUCCGUCAUUCCACAGCUUCCACUUCGUCUUCUGUUCCAACUGUUCCGCCAAUCCCAUUGCCAGAGCCGCCUCUGCCUUUGGGUUACCCGCAACCACACCGGACAGCAGGGCUUGCUGCCCCAAGUGCUCAGAAGACUCGUGCCCGGAGAUCCUCCGUCUCGCCUAUUCCGGAAGAACUCCCUAAUCCCCGCCAAACCCUUGGUUCUCUUGCCUCUAGCCGUGCCAUUCCCUCAAGCUGGGGCUCUGGACCAGCUGAAUCAGAAAUCCUCGGGGCUUACCUUGAUACGGAAUCUGAAGAUGAAGAGCACUCCCAAGACACCGUCCGAGAAGACAAGGCCGCUCUCGUGAGAAAUGCCAGCGUUGGAAAGCGGGGAAAGCCAACAAUGCGUACGAUCUCGAAAUCCAACCCUAAUUCUGAAGUGAUGGUCCCAGACGUCCCCUCGACCCAGCACAAGGGCGAUUCACAGAGUGACGUCUCAGAUGGUGCCGUGAUCACAGUAGCCGCCAUCGGCAAAGCUAUGCGCCAGCCGACCCCAGUCCGACGAGCAUCCGCCUCGACUGUGUCAGGUGAAUCGUACAUUGAUCCCGAAAAGCCACGCUUUGCGCAUCCAGUCCCAGACCACAUGGACUUGUAUCGAGAUACAGGUCUGGAAAAGGAAGUGGAGGCUCUCCCCGCUGCCGCACCUACCAUGAGUGACAAGCGUCCUGGUGGCCGUAAACCACCUCGUCUGGAUAUCGGCGCCGUACGAAAUGCCGAGGCACGCGGUAGUCUCUCCAGCUUGUCUGACCUGAUUCGGCGGGCGACUAAACUCGCAUCUAACCUGGAUCACGGAAGGACAGCGAGUCGGAACGAUGCAUUGAACCCAGACGCAGAACCGAAAGCUCCAUUUGGACGACGCCGCAACUCCGGCUCCAUUUCCGAUAUUCUACACAUGUUCCCUAACCCAGCCUUGGAUACCCCCGACAAACCCCGUGGCUCCUGGCCUGUAUUCUUCGGCCGCUCCGGUCUACGCAACGGUGAAGCCCUCGGCUCGAACGCAGAUGAACCUGCCGCCCAGAAGCCCCCACGCCGGUGCUGCGGCAUGGCGCGAAAAUGGUUCAUUAUUCUCUGCGUGGUUUUGUUCAUCAUCAUCAUUCUUGCCGUCCUCCUUCCAGUCUUCCUCGUCGCCGUCCCCAACGAAAAGUCCAGCAGCAGCGACACCAGUUGUGCCUCUUCCAACCCCUGCGAAAAUGGCGGUGUGAGCGUUUCGAGCGGAACACAGUGCUCAUGCGUUUGCUCGAAUGGAUAUACCGGUUCUACAUGCACCACUUCUGGUGAUAGCAGCUGUAUCAGUUCGAACGUGGAUAAUGGGACUAUCAGCAAGAAUGCCACGAUGGGUAGCUCUCUGCCGACUAUCUUUAACCAGUCAAAGACGAAAUUCGAUAUCACUCUCGACCCUGUCACGAUCAUGGCGUUGUUCAGCAUGAACAAUAUCUCCUGUAAGACGGAGAAUGCGCUCAUUGCUUUCAGCGACGUCGACCGUAGCAGCAGCAGCAGCAGCGACUCCACGCAACCCACCCCCACACUCCUGGCCGCCCGAUCAGAGCAAACAAUCAACGGAAUCCUGGUCGACGGCUCCGGCAACCACAGUGGGUCCAAGAAUACCGAGACCGAGACCAAGACGACGUCGAUCGCAGCGAAUCCAGCGACGGCGACCGCCACAUCGACCAGCAGCUCCAAGGCCAAAGCGACCGGGGUACCGGAGUCAGUGAUUGAGUUCUCGCAGGUGGCUGUGCUCUUCAUUAUGCAGGAUACGGGGUCCCUUGAUUCGGCGCUUUCUUCUGAGAAGGAGAUUGCUUCGUAUUUGAGUGAUUCUUAUGCGGCGGCUAGUAGGCCUUCGUUGGAAUUGAUGGGGACUUUCUCGUUGGACUUUGCGAAUAAGACGAUUACGCGGGAGGGGACUGGAUUGACGGUGCAUUGA